CUGCCAGCGGAGCAGAGGGUGGAGAGAAAUACUUCCGGCCAGCUCAUCUUCAGCGGGACACCGGGCUGAGCUCACUGCUUUCCUCGCUGCGAUGGUUCUGUUAACGAUGAUCGCCCGUGUGGCGGACGGACUCCCUCUGGCAGCAUCAAUGCAGGAAGAUGAGCAGUCUGGGCGGGAUUUGCAGCAGUACCAGAAUCAGGCUAAACAGCUGUUUCGGAAACUGAAUGAACAGUCACCAACCCGAUGCACUCUAGAGGCAGGAGCUAUGGCGUUUCACUACCUAAUUGAGAAGGGUGUGUGCUAUCUGGUUCUUUGUGAAGCUGCAUUUCCCAAGAAAUUGGCAUUUGCUUAUCUUGAAGAUUUAUAUUCUGAAUUUGAUGAACAACAUGGAAAAAAGGUGCCCACGGUAUCACGACCCUAUUCUUUUAUAGAGUUUGAUAAUUAUAUCCAGAAGACAAAAAAGUCCUAUAUUGAUAGUCGAGCAAGAAGAAAUCUUGGCUCCAUCAACACAGAGCUACAGGAUGUGCAAAGAAUUAUGGUUGCCAACAUUGAAGAAGUGUUGCUUCGAGGAGAAGCUCUAUCAGCUCUGGAUUCAAAGGCAAGCAAUCUUUCAACCUUGUCAAAGAAAUACCGCCAAGAUGCAAAAUACCUGAACAUGCGUUCCACCUACGCCAAACUUGCUGCAGUAGCAGUUUUCUCCGUGAUGCUGAUUGUAUACGUCCGAUUCUGGUGGUUGUGAAGAGCCAAGAGAAUGAAAAACAACUGUGAAGAUUAGUGGGGGUUAAAUUGAUAUUGGUCAACACGUUAAUUUCUUCACUGCUGUAGAGGUCAGCUCAGUAGUGAACUGGUUAAUGGUGUGCACUUGAAAAUUAUGAACCACCUUAAAAAGGUGGCUGAAAGGGACAGAGUAUUGGGGGGAAAUAGUCCAUCCAGUCUUAAACCUGGAGCAGCUUUGAACUGACUAACUGCACAUUUCAAGAUGACUAUGCUGUUAGCCAUUUUGCCAUUGAUGUAAAGGUAUAAUUUUUCCCACUUGAUAUUUGCCUUUUGUGCUCAGCCUAAUCUUUUCUUCGUUGGAUAUAAUUCUUUUCCUGCCUGAGGAAAUAAAUUAUGGCUUCUCUGACAGCAGAAGAAUUAAAUGUAGCAUUCUAGAAGAAGACUAGAAGCUGAUGGUUUUAAGACCAAUACACCCGAAGGAAUACAAAUCUUUGAUAUAUUGCAAGAAAUGACUCUUAACCAUCUCAUUGUUGGUUUAAAAUAUGGAUGGCACAUUUUCUGUGUUUUUCUUGUUUACUUCUGGUUGUCUGUAAGGUUUUAUCUAGAAGGUUUUACUGAUCUGUACAUCCUGCUAGUCAUAAUAAUCAUUUCUUUUUCAUCUCUGGACUGCAUUGAACUACAUGCAGUUCUUAAUGUAAUCACAACUAAUGCAGCAUAAUUAAUCCAUCAUUUUUUUUUUGUAUGGAUUUACAAGUUUCCAUGUUAUAAUUUGCCAUUCUUUUCAGUGAAACUAUGUCAAUAUUGCAUCCAUGAGCCUUAGUGUAACUUAAAAUGUCCUCUUACCUAAUUAUCAAACAUGUACAUUUCCAACUUUUAUAUCCAUGAACCAAUAAUUUUAACUUGACCCCUAAUCUAGAAUACAUAGAAGUAGUCUUAAGUUCCCAGCCUCAGAGGGAUCAUGAAAAUAAAUCCUUUGUUUCUAUGCUUGUUUUAAGAUGUUCUAUAUAGUAUUGUAUUUAAUUUGGAAAAUGAGACAAAUAUAUAGUAUGCCUGGCUUCUGCAGAAGGUGUAAGCACAUGUUAUUAGCUAAUUAAUAAAUCGGUUUUCCAUGGAAAAUUCAGAAAGUUGUUUUAUUUUAAACACACCCGAAUCCAUUAUAAAAUUAUUUUAUGGUAUGAUGCUAAAGUUGUGUACUGCUCAUUUUCAAAAAAGAUUAAGCACAUUUUCUUAGGUCUAUGUUGAACAAUAUGUCCUUAACAAUACAUUUUGAAACCUGUUGCUCUUUGCACAUACAGGGGAUUCUCUGAAUCUCUUUACCACAAUAUUGAUCCGACUUCUGUGUGCGAUGGGAUGGAGAAUGCAUUCAUGUGUCAAACAUGAAGACCAUUAUGACCUUGGACACCUGUGUUAUAUUCACUCAUGUGAGAAAUGUGAAGAAUUUGAAAGGAAAUUCUAAGGCCAAAAUAUCUGACCUGUUUUAAA